UCUGCAAGAGAAGAAAAGAGGGAAAGCUCUAGAUCCUGUUGCCAACUUCCACUUGCAGAAUGGAGUGGAGAGUUUGUUAAUGAGAAAAGAUGAGUUGGAGUGAUAUACUCCUCUCCAUUUUGUGUGUUCUGCUCUUCAUCAUCUUCCACUCGGUCUCCUCUCCAUUUUCUUUGAGAAAAAACCCAACAAAGAUGGUUGAAAAUAUAAAUUGGAUGGCAGACAGAUCAGAAAAAGGCCUUACAGCAAAGUGCAGGCUAGAGAAUAUUGAAGAAUAUGCUCGGUCAUAUUUCAGCACCGGGCACAUCCAUACUUCAUCUGAUAUUCGUCAUUAUGUUGAGAGCCAUUGAGAGAAAGAUGAAACAAAUACAGAUUAUCAUGAUCAGAAAGGGCUAACGACAUUCAACUCGCCACCUCACAUUUGUAAAUUUUUCAGUCGCAUAAUUCACCAUUAUGCCGAUGUUUGUCUGUUAUUCAUUCAAACUAUUAAUUAUCAUUCAUUUUUCAUUGUUCUGCGUAAUCAUUCUCACCUUGGAGCAAUGCUUCAUCUAAAGAAUCAUUAGAACUUUGUUGUAUAGCAAGGACGAAUUGUA